AAUGGCUUCACCCGGUUAUAAGUGUUCGAUGACGUCUGAACAAAACACACCCGUAAACCUUUCAGACAUGUCUAGGGAGAACACGCCAGCAACGCGAUUACCCUCUCACCUGUAAUGGGUUGACCACCAAAAUGCCAGUAUCUUGCCAGUUCUCUGUACAAUAAUGACUGCAAAUAUUCUGUACAGACCGAGUCUCAGAAUAGUUGUCAUGGUGCUAUGAAUUUGUAACAGUUAUUGAUAUUGUGUGACUUUCUAGUUUUUAUUGCCAUAAGAAAACCAGUGAUUGUCAUCCAGUCAAAAUUGAAAAAGAAAGUAAAAGUAAACCAAUCAUCAUGAAGGGAGAAAAAAUAGCUUGUCAGGACCUGCGAAAUUAUUUAUACGGCAUCGACAAUUACCGCCAAGCCAGUAUGCUGCGGAAGGGGAGAGAAGUGCACAAGAUUUACUGUGAAGUCCACAAAGGGCCGAGUUUCCUAGACGACCGCUUCGCGUUGACAGAAUUCGGAAAGCUGGUGCUCGAGAAUGGCAGUUUCAGAGCCGGUCGGGCGAAGAAUGUGCGGCAGAUAGUCGUUGCCAGGGAGACACUGUAUUGUAGUGGAGCUGGCACAUGCAAGCGAGGGUGUGGUGGAUACGGCCAUUGUCUUCCAGGAUGUGAGAAAAUCAAAGUGAGGGGUCAUAAGUGCAGUUUCCGAGUUAAAAUGACUAUGCGGCUUGGCUAUAUCGACUUCUGGUACGUGGAGGUCCUGGGCGACCACAGCAACUACAACGUCGCCGACGAUUCCGAAACCGCCGCCAACAGAGACGUCAGUCGAAUGCUUCCAAACUACGACCAGCUCCUACAGAGUUCGCCAAGCUCCCUUUCUCCAGCCGGGGGAGCGAAAGAUUCUGAGAAAACAAACUCCCCUGCUAACAUAAACGACCACCUCACAAACGUUUCGGACAGCUUUCUGUCAAAGACGCUGUUUGCGCCCAACUCUCUGGUUUCCUUUCGACACCUCAAUGUACCCGUCUUCCCAGAGGCGUUUUCCGUGAGUUCCUCCCAGGGUACACCGCCUUCCCAGAGUCCUCCACAGCACGUCAACACUCAGCUGUCUCACCUUCGUCUUCCCGUCAAACAGGAGUCGAGCGAUGCCGAUUCGUACCUCGCCCGGUCAUUAUUACUUCCGUACGCUAACGGACACGGCUGGGUUCCGAAUAACGACGUUACUGACGUAGAUACGUCCAGUCAUGCACUGGACGAUUCGCUGGACGGUCAGUCGAGUGCAGUGUGCACGGACGAAAUCGAUGGCGAUGUCAAUUGUGACGGAACCGACGAAGAUCAGUCCCCCGUCGACAAUGAGGGAAAGGAUCUGGUUACUCGUGUUCGACAGCUGGAAGCUCAUGUUACCCAGUUGAGGAAUAUUAUGCUGAAAUCAAGCAAUUCCGGAACCGGUUCCAAGAAAAAAGAAAAACCUCAAAGGGACUUUGAUUUUAGCAAGUACAACACGCGCCAUGUCGCUCUGAAAAUCGCCUACCUCGGCUGGGAUUAUCACGGCUUCGUGGUUCAGGAAGAUACGGAUAAGACGGUGGAGUCGGCUGUGUUUGAUGCCUUGCUCAAGACGAAACUCGUCGAGUCCAGAGAAACGUCAAAUUACCACAGGUGUGGUCGAACUGACAAAGGAGUUAGUGCCCUUGGACAGGUGAUAUCCAUUAACCUGAGAACGAACCUCCUUGACGGGCCAGGUGUGAUGAAGAAAGAGGGAGGAACUGCUCACACCAGACAAGGUGAAAAAAGUACCGAGAUUCGCUAUGUCCACAUACUCAACAAAGUGCUUCCUCCGGAGAUAAGAGUCUUAGCAUGGGCCCCGGUUGAAAAAACUUUCAGUGCUAGAUUUAGUUGUAAGAAGAGAACAUACAAGUAUUUCUUUCCCAAAGGAAACUUAGACUUGGCACUGAUGUGCGAGGCGGCUUCCAAGCUGAUAGGAGAACAUGAUUUCCGUAACUUGUGUAAGAUGGACGUCGGAAACGGCGUCGUUAAUUUUAAACGGAGAAUUGUUUCUGCAGAAAUACAGCUUCUCGAUGAAAGGGAAAAUGGCUACCAAAUGGUAGAACUCACGAUUACUGGACUUGCAUUCCUGUGGCAUCAGAUACGUUGUAUCAUGUCCGUUUUACUCUUGGUGGGGCAGGGCAGAGAAAAGCCAGAUAUCAUUGAUGAACUGUUGAAAGUCGAUGACCAUCCCAAAAAACCUCAAUAUGCAAUGGCAUCAGAAAUUCCACUUGUGCUAUACGACUGUGAUUUUGGAGAUGAUCUAGAGUGGGUUUAUGAAGCAGACUGGCAUGAAGACAACAUUAAACACUUGCAACAAAUAUGGGCCCAGCAUUCAAUUAGAGCUACGAUGAUUAAACGCAUGUUAGAUCAGCUUGAUACAGCCAAAGUUGAAACUGAGUCUGACAUUGCUCCGUGGAAUGAACUGAGCGCUCCUCUGCUGCAGCAAUCUGAUUGGCUCAUUCCCGGGAAUCGACCGCGUGCAUACAAACCCUUAUUACAACGAGAUACCUGUGAGAGUCUAGAAGAUAAAAUACAGCACUUUGCAAAGCGGCGGAAAAUGGCGCACCCUAUGAACAGUAGUGGUUCGAAUGGUGGCACAUGAUACCUGACCAGAGUUACUUCCCCUGGGUAUUGAAUAUUGGUGCAGUCACAGUAGUGGCACAUAUGCCAAAUGAAUUUGUGGCUUCCAUAUAUUUUGGUGCAUGCAGAAAAGGCAUACAGUUACAUGCCAAAGACUUCCAAAUUUAGUGCUUUAAUUGCAUUUGUUGAACUGAACAGAAAUGAAAAUGAUUUGCCGAUGACCAAGUUUACAGGGUUUUUAAAAGGAUUGAUAAUUUAAUUUAUGACAAUUUACAAACUUGAACCUUUUAGUUUUAGCAGUGUUACUUCGCUAGUCUGUUUUGAUAUUUUACUUCACUAUUUAACUAUACACAUUGAUGUUUUAGUGAAUUUUUUUUAUUAUUAUUAUUUUUUAGUAUGUGCCAUCAAACCUGUUUGAAGUGGCCACCUUUAUUAAGUAACCAUCUGUUAUAACGAACAUCUUGUUCUUCCAAAUAUUAUCACUGUAGUAAAAAACAAAUCUCUUGUCUACCAGAUAAAUACAACUGUUUAGGGAUAUCAUCUAUUUUUUUGUCCCUUCCCGUCGAUAUAGUAGGUAGAAUGUAGUGCAUGACAUUAUUAAAAACAGGUAUCCAGAAGCAGGGCUGGCUUUGCCACUUGCCAGACUCGCCAAUUGUGAAUUUUAGGAACUUUUGUCGAAUUUUAAUUGGCAAAAAAAAUGUAAUAAUUGUUAUUUUGUUGCAAAAUAGCUAUAGAUUUAGCAUUUUUGAGAUAAUUUGACGAAAUUUUCUGACCAUCCAGAGCUAGUCCGGAGAGGUCGAUACAAGAAUCUGAAAAUAGGGUACAAAAUAUUUACUGUUACAGUGUGAAUCAACCCUGCAUUUUUGUCAAAUCUAUCAAAAAAUUAUGCAGUGUCUAUAAAUAAAUAAAAAAAGGGUGGUGCAAACCCCUUGAAUAUUUUUAGUAUCCACCCGUGGCAUCUCUAGCUAACAUAUCCAUACACAGUUUUUUUUAUAUGUAUGUGCCUGCCUGUGGGAAGCGCAAAUAAAAGAUCCCUUGCUGCUAAUCGGAAGAGUAGCCCAUGUAGUGGUGACAGCGGGUUUCCUCUCAAAAUCUGUGUGGUCCUUAACCAUAUGUCUGAUGCCAUAUAACCGUAAUUAAAAUGUGUUGAGUGCGUCGUUAAAUAAAACAUUUCUUUCUUCUUUCUUUAUAUGUAUGUGAUGAUACUGUCGGAACAUUAAACAUUUAAUAACAAUAUCUUAUCUAUAUGCAGUGAGCUUGUUACAGCAUUCUUUUAUAACAGUUUAACAAAUUAUCCUCAAACAGUUGUGACAGUUAAGUUUAUCUGAAAUUUAUUUUCCCUUCAAUAUCUAUGUACUUUCUGAAUACUUUAAGCUGCUUUAAUAAAAGCUGAUUUUUUUAGUAACAAUUUUCUAGCGGUAUGAAUAUGUAAAUAAACGAAACCAGUAGGUACUCACUUGCAGUGAGUGGAAACAAACUUGGGAUUACUGAAAAUAUAUUCUUGUUUAAAUCCUGUUGAUGAAAGUUUAUUUAAAUUAGGUGCUGUUGGCUAUCAGGUUUAUUGUUUGACACGGUAAUUAUCAAAACAAAAUUUGUUUUAUUGUUGGUCCAGUAAGAUAAAGAACGUAUGUCAGUAUUUUUAUCACUGAUUCAAGUGCUUAUUUCCUUCUCUUGUCUGAAGAGGGCACGGUGUUGUUAUUUUGGUGCAUUGUUUUAAGAUGCCAGUCUAGUUAUAUUAAUGUGUAUUUCAUAUCUCUCUCUUGGGCUGUAGUGUAAAUCGAGGCAGAAAGAUCAGUGUGAAAAUUAAUCAGCAAACAAGAUAAGAAAAUUAAUUUCCAAAUCACGAUAUACGUCAAUUUCCUAAUUUUGGAGUUAGUAGUGAGGGUAUCGUGAUGUUAAUACAACUCAACAAUAUGACAAGUUUCUGCCAAGAAAUGAUAUACAUCACUUUCCAGAUUUUAGAGAUUGCAGUGAUGGUAUACUGAUGUUGGUACAAGUCAACAAUAUGACAGCAACAUUUCUGUUAAAACAAUCUAUGCCCACUGAGCAGGGUGUUAAAACUGUUUUGUAUGAUAUACAUGAUGUCAUGUUGCAGAAAAUACACGUUUUGUCUCAAAAUUAUGUAAAUGAAUAUAUUAUGAUAUUUUUUAAAUAAACACUUUAUGUAGAGAAAGUUUGUAUGGAAAGUUAUGGGGGGAAGCAGGGGACUGGCUUCCAUAUACGCAGGUACGCAGCUGCAUACCACCUGAGAUUACAAAUAUUUUAUUUUUAUUAUUAAAAUAUAUGAUGUAAAUGCGUGUAUGUGUAUGCGUUUUAUUCCAUCUCCAAAAAAGUCUGUGUGCCACCUGAAAAUCCCAAGCUAGGCCGGGGGGGGGGGGGGGGGGGGGGGGUGCUAGCAAUUUCUCUUAAUUUGCAGCGUAAUUUUAAACAGACAGUUAAGAGAUAUUGGCAAUAAAAAAUCUAUACUGAUGUCCAAAAGAAACUUUUGUCAAAUUUAAAAACAUUUAAAUUGGAAAUAAAUGCUGGUUAAAUAUUCCUGCUUCUAUGGAAUGAAAUUUUGUUAACAAAAUGCAAAAACACCACUCUCAUGAAUAUAUAUAUAUGUAUUGAACAUGCAACAUGUUUUGGUGUUUCUUCAGGGGUCGUCUUUUUCUUCCAUCUAUAUUUGUUUCUCCACAAUCGAAACAGAAUCUCAUGUAAAGUGCAUAUAAAAGACUCCUUGCUGGCAAAUGGUAGGAGUAGCCUAUGCUGGUUUUACUGUCAAAAGUCAACUUUUGCCUUGGUCUCCACUUCAGCCCAUAAUUUUAACCAAUUCUAAUUUUUUUUAAACAACACACAUUGUAUUUUAAUUCCGUUGUUACCAGCACAAUGAUGUAUAUAUUAAGCUGUAUAUUUUGGCAACUCUUGUCAGAUGUGUCUUCCGAAAACCUUUUGUCAUUUUAUAUAAACAUUAUAUAUAUAUAUUGAUAAUUAUGUAUUACGUAUUUGACUUUUUCUUCGUGCCGAAUGUACAGUCGAUUUGUUAAAACUGGUGUGGAAAAUAUUGGAUGAGUCAUACAACUAGUCGGGUUACAGAGUCCAUCGACUCUUUUUUUUGUCGAAAUACGUCUGGGAGUACUGUUGAUAAAACCUGUAAUCACGUUGAUUAUUAAUAAUUAGGAAUAACAAGUAAACAGAGAGGACUUGUGGAUGUAAGAUUGUCAGACUACAUAAAGAGCAUCUUUCAAAAGUUAUUUGAAGUUUUUAAAAGUCAUUUUUUGUUUUGAUGUGUAAAGAUUUUUUCUUUUAAUUACAUCCUCAUAAAAAUUACAAUCAAAUGAUUUUAUUUACUAAGUCAUGGUAUGUACUGUCCUGACCCAAUAUCCAAUUGUUUUUCUCCAAGACAUGUAUUAAAGACCACAUGGUAUGUGCUGUCCUGUCUGGAAAAGUGAAUAUACAAGAUCCCUUGCUGCUAAUGGGAAACUAGCAGGUUUCCUUUAUUCUCUUGAUUCUUUUUUUAUUACAAAGACUGGU